AUGAAUGCUGGCUCUGACACAACGGCGAUAUCUCUCCGAGCAAUACUUUAUUACACCCUUAAGAGCCCGCCAGUAAGUAUAAAGCUGCACCAAAAGCUCACCAUCGCCUUGAAAGAAAACCGGAUCUCGGUACCUGUUUCAUGGAAGCAAAGCCAAGAGCAACUCCCUUACCUCGAUGCCGUGAUUAAAGAAGCAUUACGUCUUCACACGGCCGUGGGAUUGAUGCUUGAGCGAGUUGUGCCCGCCGAGGGACUCCAGCUUCCUGACGGCGGCCCAUUCCUACCGGCCGGGACGAUAGUUGGUGCGAAUCCGUGGAUAGUACAUCGUCAUCGGGUCUGUGGGGGGGGGGGAUGUGGAGUCGUUUGUUCCGGAACGGUGGCCCAAAUGGAUACCGAGUCCGAGGCCAAUUUCCUGGACAGAAAGCAGAAGAUGCUUCGUGCGACGUUCACUUUCGGGGCUGGACCGAGGACCUGCAUUGGUAAGAAUAUCAGUCUGCUGGAGAUUUAUAAGCUGAUUCCAUCGCUGUUUCUGAGAUACAAGAUUGAAUUCAAUGAUCCAAGUGCAGAAUGGGAAAUUGUUAAUGCGUGUAGUAUCAUGAAGUUGGACAGCGGCGACCUGGGGAAGGACUCGAAAGAGCGACUCACUCUCUGUUUUAUCCAGACCCAAAUGUUUUGUUUUGCAGAGAAUGGCUGCUGA